AUGGCUGGAUGGAUAUCCCUUCUUAAAAAAAUUUAUGAUUCUGAUUUGGUUGACAAUGAUGUACCAAAGAAUAUGAAUAUUAACGAAUAUAUUAUCACAUGGUUAAUUUAUAUGUUAAAGCUAAAAGAUGGUAACAGCAUCAUCAAUUUAAAUGACUUUUAUUAUCAAUAUAAAAAUCAACGUGGAGGACAUACCUUGGUUUCAACUAAUGGUAAAGAUUAUUAUAACAUUAUUGAUAAUAUUAUAAUUAAUAAAAACUAUUUGAUGGAUAUGGAUAAGAACAUUAUAUCUAAAUUUUAUAAUUUAUUAAAAUCAUUAUGUAGAAUUAAACUUCUUAAUAAUAAUGAUUUUGAUAUUAAUGAAAACAGUUCAUAUAGAAAAAUAUUGUCUAGUUUAUCAACUUAUUAUGAUAAUUUUAAAAAAUAUUGUGAUAAAAAUUGCAAUGGUUGUAGCAGUAUUCCACCUCUUCCAAUGGCAAAAACAACACAAGUUUCUGCGCAUAUCUCUGAAAAUACAUCAUCAACUUCGUCGAUAUUAAACACAUUAAUUUCAGGUUUAUCGAUAUUUUCUGUAAUACCAGCUUUCUUGGGAAUUGCUUAUAAUGUAAAUAUUAAGGAAUUAAAAACUAUAAUAUUUAAAUUAUAUUUUUGUGAUCCCUUAUAUGGGUUUAUCAAAAAAUAUAUAUACGAUUACCAUUUUUAUAUUAGUAUUCAUUAUUUGGAAUUAAUAAACUAUUCCAAAGACAAUAUAUAA